AUGACUGCUUCGACAUGGUAUGAUUCCUGGAAUUCUCUGUGUCCUCUAUCAGAUCACUUAUCUCCUAGAAUGAUCACUAGUGCUGGAUUUUCUCUCAAUGAAAAGGUAGCGGAUAUUAUUGUUUAUAAUACCUGGAAAUGGCCAAGUGAAUGGACGGAUAGAUUCCCAAAUAUUCAGAUCCCUGUUUUGAAUACUUUGGAAUUGGAUCGACUUAUGUGGAAAGAUUCUAACCAAUAUCUGCUGGAUUUUUCGGUCAAUGUGGUGUGGGAGGAUCUGCGUCCUCAAGCUGCUAUAGUGGAUUGGUUCCCGAUUGUUUGGUUUAAUCAGAAUGUACCGAAGCAUGCUUUUAUCUUAUGGCUGAUUUUUAAACAAAAGUUGAAGACUCAAGACAUGAUGGCACAUUGGGAUGUGAAUAGAUCUCUUUCUCUUUGCUGCUCGUUGUGCGAGCUACAACCGGAUUCUCAUAACCACCUGUUUUUUGAAUGCCCUUUUUCUUCACAGGUUUGGAAUUCUGUCAAGUCUAGAGCGGAGUUGAAUAAUGUUGCUCCAGAUUGGAUGUCUAUUGUUGCUACAAUUAUUCCUAUAGCAAACAAGUCCUCUGUGCAAAGCGUUGUUGCAAAACUUGUUUUGGCUGCAUCUACAUACUUUAUAUGUGAUGAACGUAAUGCAAGAUUAUUUCGUCAACAAAAAAGAACGAGGGAUCAAUUAAUUGGUGUUAUUGUUCAGACAGUAAGGCUCAAACUCCUUACGUGCAGAUUCAAGAGGACAAGGCGUGUUGAGCGGUUCUUAACAGCUUGGGAUUUACCUUUCUCGUUAAUUCACUGA